AAUAGUAGGAAGUAGGAAGCAAACGAGCUAUGCAACUUAAAAAGCAGGCUCGAAAAAGGGAAUCGUAAUGAAUGACAACAGGAAGUGUUUUUUUUUUCAGUGUUCUGUGUGGAAAUAAUGAUUAAUAUAUCGAUCGUUCACUCUUUAAUAUGGAUCGUAUAUUUUAUAUGGAUCUCGCUCUUUAAUAUGGAUCGUAUUAAAUAGAUUAUGAUUUCAUUUUAAUGAUUUUCUUUACAAUAUGGCUUUGAAACAAGACAAUAUUUAUAUGAAAGACUCUGUGAGACGUUUUAAGGACAUGUGGCUUGAUGGUUCAAUGGAUCAUAUUCAUUUUUUAUUAGACUGUUUCGUGGUUUCAGCUGGUUCUGAACCACCUCAACUUGGAAGAUAUCAUCCUCAAUCUGAUCCUGAAGAGUUUGUUGAAAAAGAAGUUCCUCGUUAUAGGGUAAUGUCCCCCGAUGACAUGAUAGUCAGAGAAUUGUCCGAAAUGCGUAUGGUUUUGGAAAGACUUAUGGAAAAUCAUCCUAAAGAAGUUGGAGAAUUUUAUGAAUGUGGUAUUUGUUUUGAUUCACAAUGGUUAUAUCGACGAUCAUGCUGUUAUUUUCCUGUCUGUUCCAAUUGUUUACAAAUUUAUCUUUCUUUCAAGAUUAAUAAUGGUCUCGUCAAAAUUGAAUGUUGUAACACAGAGUGUAAUGUUUUUGUUCACAGGGAUGAAAUUUCAGUUCGGUUAAAUAAAGUGGACAAAGAUAAAUUUAACAAAUUACUAGUGCUAGCUAAUCAGGACUUGAGCACAAAAACGUGCCCUCGAUGCAGUCACCUUACAAAAAAACACAAAAAGGAUAAUCAUUUUCCUAACAUUACCUGCCCUUCCUGUCAUCUGGAAUGGUGCUUCAACUGUCAUGCACCAUGGCAUGAUGUAUUAACGUGCAAGCAGUUCCAAAAAGGUGAUAGACUUCUCAGAUCAUGGGCCAAGGAACGAAAUCAUGGCCAAUUAAACGCUCAAAAAUGUCCUAAAUGCAAGAUUUACAUUCAAAGGACGACUGGUUGUGAUCACAUGCAUUGUACACGUUGUAAAACAGAUUUCUGUUACAAAUGUGGUGAAAGAUUUCGGUAUUUGAAGUUCUUUGGUGAUCAUUAUAGCAAGCUCAGUAUAUUUGGUUGUCGAUACAGAUUCAAGGCAGAUCAACCAUUACAGAGAAAAAUGAUAAGAGGGGCUUUAUUUGGUGGAAAAGUCAUUGCCGCACCAGUCCUUGGUACAUUAGCAUUCUGUGCUGGAGCUUUAGCAGUGGGUAUCUCUCUUUUUGCUUUACCGGUUUAUGGAGGAGUUUGCCUAUACAGGCAUUGUAAAGGACGACAAACUAUCAAAAUUUUGCUAGAUUUUACACCAACUUGCUAUAUUCCAAAAUGACAACCACAGUUUUCCUUGAAAUGUUUGUGAAAAAAAUAGUGUGAUCUCAUUUAGUAAAUGUAUAAUUACAAAUAGAAUUAUCUGCUGUUGAUGUGACUGAUAAACUAAUGUAUUAGCAUUAUAAAUAGAAUUAAUAAUGCUAACACUAAUAUUAGUUUCAAAUAGAUUUAUCUGCUGUUGAUGUGACUCAUAAAUUAUAUGUAUAAUUUAAAAAAAAUUAUCAACUGUUUGUGAUCUCAUAAAUUAAAUGCAUAAUUUCAAAUUAUCAGCUAUUUUUGUGACUCAUACAUUGCAAUGUAAUAAUUUUAUUGUUUAUCACUAUGUAAUAAAAUAAAUACCUUUAUGAUUAA